AUGGCGAAAGCAAAUGUGUUUCUCCUCUCCAUUUUCGUCAUUGCUUCACUCUCUUCCCUCUCCCACGGCCUUAGCAUAAACGGCCUCCUAAUCAACACCCUCCAAGUGAGUGGUGUCUUGCGUUGUACUCUUAACAGUAACACAAACGCUCCUGUCAUUUCCGGGCGGACCGUCUUCUUAAGAUGUGCCGGCUCAUCCACCAACCUUGGCCAAGCAAUCACCGAUCCCGCCGGUGUAUUCGUGGUCGUGGCCAAAAUUGCGGACACAGCUCUCUUCGACCCCGCGUCGUGCCGCGUUGUGGUUGUUCUUCCCGUGGCCACAUGUUCCGUUUUCCCACCGGACGGCCUCGUCGGUGCUACAGUUACGCUGGUCAGUGUCCUCCAGACGAAUCUCGGAAAUAUCGCCCGCUUUACCACUGGCCCUUUCCUUGUUCUAUGA